GCCCGUGGAGAAUUUUGCCUGCGUUCCACCUUAACUACGGCGCCCCGGGCGGGGCUGCCUUCUGGGGUGGGACUAGGCAAAUGUUACCCUAUGGGCUAGGGCAGCAAGACCGGGUCGCGAGUUGAGGAUAGGUUAUUUCUCCAGGGGCGUGGCUUGUGGGUCCUCGCUUUCCCGCCGACGGUUGGCCACGUCACGUGACAUGGGCUGGAAGAUGGCGUCUCCCACGGACGGGACAGAUUUGGAAGCAUCUUUGCUAAGUUUUGAGAAACUUGACCGUGCCUCGCCAGAUCUUUGGCCUGAACAAUUACCAGGUGUUGCUGAAUUUGCAGCUUCUUUCAAAAGUCCGAUCACUAGCUCUCCACCCAAAUGGAUGGCUGAAAUAGAACGUGAUGACAUUGAUAUGUUGAAAGAAUUGGGGAGCCUCACCACAGCUAAUUUGAUGGAGAAGGUACGAGGCCUCCAGAACCUGGCCUAUCAGCUGGGGCUGGAUGAGUGCAAAGACAAGCCAUCAGAAGGUAGGAACUCGGUGUAACUUUGUGCCUUUUAUGACAGAAUAUACUAGUCUGAUUGGACUUAAAAGCCAGAGAGAUGACAAGGGGAAAAUUCCUGAACAUCCUAGAGAAGCCUAAGAAGUAGCAACCGCUCGAGCACAGGUGUCCUGAAGACCAUAACCAAGUUCCCUUCCCAGUGUAGCUCUGAUGAAGCACACCACGUGCUUGGGAAAGACUGGAGGCUGAACUUCCUUAUCCCCUGCUCCUGGCACUCUGCACCUCUGAGGAUAUUUGGUAGCCAGAGAAGAAUCUGUUCUACCCAAGGAUCAUUGCUAUUCACCGAGCCAGCUUCGUAGCCCUGGAUAUUAUUAACAUAGAGGCCCUGUCAUUCUGGAAGACCCUUUCCAAAAGUGAUGAUGCAGGAGUCCUGGGACCUUAGAAUGACCCUGAUUCUGUAAUGGCAGAGUCAAUGUGACGUGGGUUACCAGGCUCUGUUGAGUUGUACUUGAUCUCUUUAAGAAGCACUCACAAUGAGGACAUCAGAGACCAACUGCAUUCUGGACCAGACCUGGGAACAGUCUCAGACCCGACAGAGUCUAUGACUUCGUUCUGAAGGAAACUUCUGGAAAUGUAUGCCUGCUUUUUAAAUCUAUACCUCCAGGGACACUCUCGCCCUAGCAGUAUCCAUUCCCCUGCUCCCAGGCCCACCUUGCAGGUCUAACUCCAGACCAGUGGGGCUCUUGUAGUGACAGUCUCCUGGGAUUUGCUUGUAGAUAGAAAGGCUCAUGCCGUGUCACCCUGAGUUCUAGACCUCCAGACUACAAAAGGAACUCCAGUUAGGCUGUAAACAUUUUUAAGUGUGACCUGGUAGUGGAAGGACAUGGUUGUGAGAGUCCCCAUCUGACUGACAAGAAGCCCUCCCUGAGUUAGUGUGUGCAAUCGGAUGGUAACAAUGCUCUGGCCCCUUUUCCUCCUCUCAGCUACGUAUACCACAGAUACUUUGCUUAUAUGAUAAAAACACACUCUUAUGAAAAUGUUCUGGCUUAAAUACAGCUCUCACAGACUUCUUUGCUAGUUGAAUGUAUCUGCCAAACUCUGAAAAUCUUGCCCAUGGGUAAGAUGGAUUAGACUAGUCUUUCACAUUUUGAAAAGCACAGGAAGUUCCCUCAAUAUUAUAGGAAGAAAAGCUCUGUGGCCGUCAUCCGGUGGGAGUUUGGACACAGGAGAAGCUGUGGCCAAGUCCAGGGCCAUGUAUCUGUUAGGGCACAGUACUCUUGAGGUUCACAGCAAGCUCCUUGACCAUUCUUGACAUUUGUGCCUAAUGCUAGAAUUGCUGUUGGAUUUUCCCCUUCAUUAGUGCUAUUUGAUCAACACAGUUUUACUUUUUGAAAGGAAAAAGCAAUGAAAUAUGUACCACAGAAGAUAAGUAUGAGAAGAAAAGCACUCUGCUGGAGUACUCCCUAGAAGGGAGUGGAUUUUAAGCUUGAGUCUGUGAUUGACAUUUUUUAUCUCACUAAAUGCGGUUAAAGUGGGUGUAUAUGAGUGAUCGGAAAAUAAUGCCUUAUGUCAAAUUUUUUUCUUCACUCUGUUUUUGAGAGUUGAUGACAUCAGGCACUUUUCAGAGUUUGGGGACAUUGAAAAGUAUGUGGAAAAUACUGGGAUAGCUCCCCCAAACCAGCUUGUCUGUAAUGGGAAGCCGGUAGUUGGUGUUUUGAUCUGCUAUGGCCUCCUCCUUCUUACUGUCAUCCUAUUCACCAGCACUUAAAUUAAUGUAAGUAGAUGUUUUAGAAUUGUGAUAUUUAUUGUUUUUGUAUUUGUCAUCCUUAGAAAUGUUAAUGAUGUAUUUUUAUAUUGAUAAUAUAAAUUUAUGUACAGUAUGUAUAUGUAUUUUAGAAUGUUAGAGGAUUAUACUUUGUGUAUAAUGUGUCUUCAUAAUAAAUAUGUCCCUUGUAUA